GAAAAUAUCACCACAGCGCUGAAGGUGCUAAGCAGUGGUGACCCGCUGUUUCCGAUGCUCAGGGUGUAGCGGCAGAGAAUACCAGGUCUAUAUCUGGACGCCAGAUGAACUUAGAUUCACCCCAAUCAAUGUUACUGGGACAGCUCAGGACUGAUGAUAGUGUUGGGGUCUUCAGCGCAGCCUUGCGGGAAAACGGGCCAGACGAAUGGGCGCACGUAAUCAUCGUCCCACUCCGUGGCGUACUCCCAUCCACUGUCGUC